AUGGUUUCCUUUCACAAGCUCAGUUCGUUAGUCUUAGUAAUUGCUUUAGUUAUCGUCAGUCAUUCAAUCCGGGGCGGAAAUGUCAAGAGUAAUUCUGCCCAACUUCUUACGGAAGCUGGCCCGGACUCCGCCCGAUUUAUUAUCUCUUUAGAUCCCAAGAACCCACGCGCAUUAGCGGACCUUAAAGUCAAACUUGCCCAGUCUAAGGUUAACUACAAAAUUGUACACGACCUAACUCAAGUGCCGGCUGUGUUCUACGGUGUUUCAGUGGAACUGUUGGACAAGAAACAGGUCAAGCUUUUACUGGGCAUACCCGGCAUCCGAGACGUAAAACAAGCGGGAUCGAUCGCUCGAGGGCCCACUAUACCGGGAAACAUUCAAUCUAAACCUCUGACGACGACAGUGCAAAAGUUUCCACCCCAUCUUCAGACAAAUAUCAGCAUGCUUCAUAAGCAAGGUAUAUAUGGGGCAGGGGUCAAGCUAGCUAUAAUUGAUUCUGGAAUAGACUGCACCCACCCAGCAUUCGGUGGUGGUUUCGGAAAAGGGAAAAAGAUUUCUUUCGGCAUGAGCUUUGUCGAAAACGAUGAUCCGCAAUCUAAGUUAAAUCGUGGAGCAAUACCUAAUCCCUGCAGUGAUUGUGGUUACCAUGGAACACACGUUGCUGGUAUAGUUGCCGCUAAGGACGUUGGUUUCGGCUUUCAAGGAGUGGCUCCGGAUGUCACACUUGGGAUGUAUCUUUUUGGUUGCGACCCUUAUGGUCCAGACGACGUGAUAGUAAGGGCGCUGUUACAAGCUGAGCUUGAUGGAGCGGACAUAAUUUCACUAUCUUUGGGUUCAUCAGGAGGGUGGUCCGUCGGAAAAGAUAUAUUAGAUGUCAUCAACAAUUUAGUUGAAAAGAAGGGUAAAAUAAUAGUCGUUUCUGCCGGUAAUGAUGGGACGGAUGGGUUAUUUUCUGCCUCUUCUCCAGCCUCUGCCAGGGGUGCCAUUUCCGUUGCCUCUGUAGAUUCCAGCUCACCAAUGUCCAGGGAACUUGAAACCUCGACAGGUCAAAAUUUGAGUUAUUACAAGAAUCAAGUUUUGCCUGAUGCAAGUUACCCUGUUUACUUCACCUCGGAUGAUCUCUUGAAUGAGGAUGAUGCCUGUCUGCCACUGCCUUCGAAGACCCCAGACCUGGCCAAUUAUGUCGUACUGAUCAAAAUAGGGAGCUGUUUUAUAUCUGAAAAGGCUCUCCAUGCUCGAGCAAAAGGAGCGAAGCUUAUAUUCUUUUACAUGAAAACAAGACUUGUUGUCUCAAUGCACAGUCAGGUAUUGGGUGCAACCGUUGCAGGAAUUUCCUUGGAAGAUGCAAAGUACAUAGCCGCGGAAUCCAAAAAGAAUCCCAAAGGAUUCCGUUUGAUAAUCAAUUCAGCAAACAAGCGCACCACUAUUCUACAGCCGGGAUUGAUAAGUCCAUUCUCAUCGUUUGGCCCAAGCUUUGACUUUGCCAGCCCCCAACCUGCGAUAUCAGGAAUCGGCGGUAAUGUGGUUUCAACUCUCCCAAUGGUAUCCGGGGCGUAUGGCAGUGCCAGUGGGACUUCGAUGGCUGCCCCUCAACUUGCAGGGAUAGCAGCUCUCAUAUUGAGUCACAGAGGCAAAGCAGGCUUCGAUGGUUACACCAUGCGAGAUCGCUUGACUACUUCUAGUCGGAUCAUCAACUACUCUGCAUUCAGACACCAGCCACACACUGUUUCACAUCAGGGUGGCGGUCUUGCAAAUGCCUGGUGUGCCGUGAUGGCAAACACGAUAAUAACAAACGCACAUAUGGCACUUUUUGAUUCAACAUCUUUCAAACCGGAUCAAGAAAUCAAAAUAUCCAACACAGGCAAAACCGCUGUCCAGUAUCAUCUAACACAUCUUCCGGCGGUAUCUGUCAAGACGUUUGGAUCUCAUCAAAAGUUCAAUCGUCCUGAUGUCACUCCUGAUAUCGAGGGGAAUGUAGCAGAUGCCGUGAUUACGCCACAGGUGUUUAGUCUAGCUCCAGGCGCGAAGCAGUCCGUCAAGAUCCGGUUCACGCCACCCAAAUCUGAUACCCGUGAUCUCAUCGUUUAUUCGGGAUACAUCAUUCUAACCGGGGACGUCGAGUGUGAAAGCCACAAUGUGCCAUAUUACGGUGUUGUGGGGUCACUUAAGGAACAAGAAGUCUUAGACCGCGGCCCAACAGGAGUAUCCACCACGAGGUUCCCAUUUGUAGGCCUAAAAGCGGAGGAAGAGAAAGCCGACAGCUUACUCGAUAUCAAGACGACUGAUUUUAUCUGGAAACUAAGAGAGCAUGCCUCUUUGUAUAUACGGUUCAGGACAGUCUUUGGCUCGUCAGUAUUGCGUAUGGAUGUGAUCGCGGGGGGUGCAAAUCCAUCACCCUCCAAAAUCCCAAAGGCUUCCACCUUUGCGACAAGUUUUGGAGGAGUCAAACUUAUCGGAAUGAUUCCUAAUGGAGAAUUUCACGCCGUGUCUCGCUCUGGCCCUGGGUUCGAUGACUUAUUCAGAACCAUAUGGGAUGCUGCUGUUGUCACUGGGGUCGUCAAUCAGAACCUCACCCCCUUGCCAGCUGGCAAAUAUAGGAUACUGAUAAGGACUUUGCGUGUCAGCGGCAACAAAGACCUAGAGACUGAUUUCGAUUUCUGGGUUUCGCCCACGUUUACGCUGGUCAGAUGA